ACCGUAAAUUCGUCAAAGGCGGUAAAAGAGCCGCGUUACAUGCAUGAGAUGCGCAAGUCCAUCUGGCGCAUUGCUGUCUUCCACUUCAUUUGCUGGGCUCCGUUCUGGACUUUUGCCAUUGUUCCACAUUACAUCGCCCAAUUAUGUGGUCAUGAUUUCUUGGAACGACUUCCAGGAUACAUCUACUGUCGACUGUUUGCCAAUUGUUUGCCAUACAUCAACGCAGCCGGCAAUUGGGUACUGUACGCGCUGCUAAACUAUGAUUUGCGCAAGCACAUCUACAACAAACCGUAUCAGCGAUAUCUAUUCUCAUCGAUGUCGACAGUGUAG